AUGGACGUCGUUCGGGGUCUCAAGAUAGCGGCGCUGCUUGCUCUCGUGUUCAGCCAGCCAAUAUUGGCCGCCUCGAAUACUGCUAAAUUCGCUAAGCGCAGUGCGGCGGAGCUUGCAGAUACCUUUGACUACGUUAUUGUAGGUGGUGGGCUGAGCGGUCUGGUCGUCGCCAAUCGCCUGACCGAGGAUCCCGACGCCUCUGUUCUCGUCGUCGAGUAUGGAGAGUUCGACAACUCUUGGGAUGUCGCUAUCCCCUACUACGCUUCCAACACCCACCCCAACAGUAUGAAGCAGCUAGUUUCCAUCCCACAGCCUGGUCUCAACAACAGAACGUCUGGUGUGCAGACCGGUACCGUAGUUGGAGGCGGUACUGUCGUCAACGGGAUGGCUUUCGACAGGGGCUCGAAAGCUGACUAUGACGCCUGGGCCGAGCUUGGAAAUCCAGGAUGGGAUUGGGAGAGCCUCUUCCACUACUUCAAGAAGUCUACCACCUUCCAUCUUCCCGCUCAAGAAUACGUCGAAAAGUACAACUUCUCUUACGACCCGAGCACAUACGGCGAUGGUCCUAUUCAGGUUGGAUUUCCAUCUUGGCAGUGGCCGGACAGAGACUUACAGAGGAAGGCCUGGAUCGAAGAACUAGGUGUUCCAGUUCUGGAAGACCACGGCGCUGGCGGCAACAACGUCGGUGUGGCACAGCUUCCUCAAAACCACGAAGCCAAAAACGUGACUCGUUCCACUUCGCGAUCAGGGUACUACGAUCCUGUAGCUGAGAGCCGCAGCAACCUCAAUUUGCUUAUCAAGCACUUCGCUUCCAAGGUCGAGUUUGAAGGCAAGAAAGCUGUUGGUGUCAACGUCAUCUCCCGCGAGAGCGGCGAAUCCUCUUUGAUUAAGGCUAAGAAAGAGGUUCUUCUAGCUGCUGGAGGCGUUCAAACACCAAGAAUACUCCAGCAGAGCGGCGUGGGCCCGGCGGCACUGCUGAAGUCUCUCGACAUUGACGUCGUUGCCGACCUUCCAGGUGUUGGUGCGAACUACCAGGAUCACCCCUGGAUGUUGGUACUGUACUCAUAUGGAAACCCUCCUGAGCUGGGAAAUGAGGCUAUGAAUGACCCUGUCUUCUUCAAUGCCUCGGAGGCAGAGUACUUCGCCAAUCGUACCGGCCCAUUUACUCACGCUCGUGGCAAUAACAUCGUCUUCCUUUCACUUCAGGACCUGACUCCCGAGUACGAGAACCUGACAUCAACUAUAGAGGCUCAGAAGGCCGAGGACUACCUGCCAAAGAUUUACACUGAGCACCCAGAGCUUCUCGAAGGCUUCCUUGCCCAGCGGAAGACUUUGGCUAAGCUUUUCCGCAACCCAGAGGCUGGCGUGUUGGAGAUUCCCUUCGGCGGCUUUGCGGGUGCUGGAAUUGCCUUCCAGAAACCUGUUUCUCGCGGCACUGUCACCAUCAACAGUACCAAUCCUGAUCCAGCGGCGGCGCCGGUCAUAGAUUUUGGUACUCUUCAGAAUCCCGUCGACCUGGAGAUUCUCGUUCUGAGUGUCAAAGCCAUGCGGAAGUUCAUGGGCAGUGAGGCCCUCUCCAUUCGCGAGCCUGUCGAGAUUGCGCCCGGAGCCAAUAUCACCAAUGAUGCCGACAUCGCAGAAGCCGUGAGAAACUCCUUGUUCGCCUCGUUCGCCCACCCGAGUGGCACAACGAGUUUACUACCCCUUGAACAUGGAGGAGUCGUCGAUCCGAAUCUUCGUGUCUACGGUCUUGAGGGCUUGAGAGUGGUGGACGCCAGCGUCAUCCCCUUGAUCCCGGCUUGCCACUUGCAAGCUACCGUUUACGCCGUGGCUGAGAAGGCUGCCGAUCUGAUUAAAACAACUUAA